AUGGAGGGAAUAGCUGUUACAGUAGCACUGUCUUUGGUUCAAACGGUUCUUUCCUCUCUUGACCGAGUUCCCUUUCAGAAAACUUUGCGCGAUCAAGUAGAAGAGGUAACAAACAGUUUGGGAACGAUGCAAGCCUACCUUAGGGACAUGGAAGGUAGAGAAGGACACAGUUGGGUGCUCAAAGAAAGAAUGAAACAAGUUCGGGAUAUAGCUUACGACACCGAGAAUGUUCUUGAUGAGAUUAUGCUUCAUGUGACAUAUCGAUAUCAUAGGCAUAGAAUCACCAAGAAAACCCAUGAAUUUUUUCACAAUUUGGCACACUGGAUUCCUUUACAUAACACCAUGUCCUCCAAGAUGGAAGGCAUUAAGGAAAGGAUUGUGGGUAUUACAGCUUCAGAUCAACUUGGUGGUGGUGGUGGUGACGGAGGUGGAAGCAGUCUCUGUGAAGGCCCCAAUUCCAGGCCGUGGGUGGAGCAUUGUGAUCAUAUUGAAGAUGAAAUAGUAGGCUUUGAAAAGCCUAGAGAAGAGCUUAUUUGUCAGUUGAGAGGCACAGAACCGAGGCAAAAGACCAUGAUCAUCUCCGUGGUUGGCCCUUGUGGCUCAGGCAAAUCCCUUCUAGCAAAGAAUGUUUACGGCAUCAUUAGAAGUCAUGAACUGUUUGAUUGCUAUGCUUGGGUUCGUGUGUCCCAUUCUCCAAAAAUUGAGCACAUCUUACAAAGCAUGUUAAAACAAUUUUGUUCAUCAACGAAGGAACCAAUACCCGAUCAUGAAAGUGCAGCAGUUACACCGGCCAAAUUGUGGAAUUAUCUGCAGCAAAAAAGGUUUGUUGUUUUUCUAGAUGAUAUUUGGAGUAUAAAACAUUGGGAAAAUAUUCGGGAUGCAUUACCUAAUAAAUCCAGUGGAAGCAGAAUAGUUGUCACAACUCGAAAGUUAGAUGUGGCCUCCUUUUGCUCAGAUGAGCACCAUACCCAUAAUUUAACCUGUUUAUCAGGUCCAGAGGCUUGGAAACUCUUCUGUAAAAAGGCUUUCCAAGCCAACAAAUGUCCUCCGGAGUUAGAGGAUUGGUCUAAAAAAAUUAUGAAAAGAUGUGAAGGGAAUCCUCAUGCAAUUGUGGCAGUGGGUACUCUGCUGUUAAAGAAACAACAAAAUCCAACAGUGUGGAAAAGAAUGCAUGACAGCCUUGUUUCCGAGGUUGGAACUAGUUCCAGUCUUUCAAUUAUCAACAAGCUAUUGGCAAGCUACAAGGAUCUACCGUGGAAUCUUCAGAGCUGUUUCUUGUACUUCAGCGUAUUUCCUGAGGAUCACUCCAUUGAGCGUGGAAGAUUGGUUCGCUUGUGGAUAGCCGAAGGAUUUGUGGAGGAAACAAGAGGCAAAACACUGGAAGAGGUUGCAGAGGAUUACCUCAAUGAACUUGUUGGAAGUAAUUUGGUUCAUGCAACAUGGAAUUUUGAUGGACGAGUGAAAGAUUGUCGAGUUCUAAACUUUGUCCUUGAGUUCAUCAUUCAGAAGUCCGAGGAGGAGAACCUUGUCUCAGUUCUUGCAAAGACAGCAGAUACACGUUUAAGUGAGAAAUUCCGACGCCUUUCUAUCCAUAACCCUAGCUGCAUCACACAGAUCAGCACAGUAUUCCGUUCCAAUUCUGUUCUUUCCAGUUCUGUUCGUUCCAGUUCUGUUCGUUCCACAUUCUUUUUCAAGAUGGACAAGCUUUCUGACCCCUCUGUAAUUACAGACAUGCUUGGUCUUCCUUCUUUCAACUUGUUAAGGGUUUUAGAUUUUCGUGAUGCCCCUCUAAAUAGAUUUCCUGAAGUUAUUGUUCGUCUCACCCUUCUAAGGUACCUUAGUUUUAGGCGUACUCAAAUUGAAAACAUUCCAAAAUCUAUUAAAAAGCUUUUGUACCUUGAAACCUUAGACCUUAAGCAAACAGGUGUCAGUCAGUUGCCAAAGAAGAUCAACCAACUUCAUAAUCUGCGCCAUCUUUUGCUUUGUCGCGACAGGGGCAAGAAUCAUGUAUGGUUGAACCCUGAUGAAGGAGUGGAGAUGGUUGAAGGAAUUGGGGGUUUAACUAACUUACAGACGUUGUCACUUGUCAAGUCGGACAAGAACCACAAAAUUAUUAAAGAGUUGGGUGAUUUAACUCAGCUCAGGAAGCUGGGGCUGAUAGACCUCAAAAGAGAAGAUGGAAAGGAUUUGUGUGCAUCCAUUCAAAGGAUGGAAAAUCUUUCAACUCUUGAUGUUAGUUCAACUGGCAAACAGGAACCUCUCGAUAUGCGUAGUCAUGCUUGCCCUUGCCCUCAUCUUCAACAUCUAUAUCUCAAAGGUCACCUACCUGAGUUCCCAAAAUGGAUUUCCUCACUUACUAACCUGUUUAGGAUCCGUCUCAAGUGGUCAGGAUUGACGAGCAACCCACUUGUGGCCCUUCACAGUUUGCCGAAUCUGAUGGAGCUCCAAAUGGAUGAUGCUUUCACUGGUGAAGAGUUGGUGUUCAAAGCUGGAGGGUUCAAGAAACUAAAGAUGUUACACAUUGAACAAUUUGAUCACUUGCAUACAGUGGUAGUAGAGGAAGGAUCAAUGUCUGUGCUUCAAAAACUGACUCUACGUAGUUGUGGGCAGUUGAAGAUGCUUCCAUUAGGCAUCCAUAAUCUCACUCGCCUCAAAGAGCUUCUUCUGUACAGUAUGCCCACGGAGUUCAUCGGUGGACUUCAAAAGGGUAGUGACGACCGUGAGAUGGUAGAGCACAUUGAUGUCAUCCAUUCUUUCAUUCUUCAAGACGAUGGAUCCUGGUCCCUGGAUCAAAAUCUUUCUUGA